UUAAGAAUGGAUGAAGAACAAAGAGAAAACCAAACUCGUGUGACUCUAUUUAUUCUCCUGGGAUUCCAAAAUUUGGAACAUCUGUGGAUCCUUCCAUUUCUGGCUUUCCUCUUUACCUAUAUUUUUACAAUGACAGGGAAUCUUCUCAUUUUUGUUCUUGUUGUAAUUGACCAGCAUCUUCACACACCCAUGUACUUCUUCCUUUGUAACUUGGCAUGCCUAGAGAUCUGCUACAGCUCAACUCUUAGUCCCAUACUGUUAACUACACUUUUGAUGAAUGGAAAAGCAAUUUCAUUCAGCAACUGCUUUCUGCAAUUAUUUUUUUUCGGCUAUUGCUUGGGAACAGAAUGUUAUUUGCUAUCUGUGAUGUCUUAUGACAGGUAUUUAGCCAUAUGUAAACCACUGCAUUAUGCAACAGUUAUGAAUACCAGAAAAUGUGUCCAGUUAGCAGCAAUAUCUUGGACAAAUGGCUUCAUAGGCAUUUCUGUAAUAAUGGUGGCAAUGCUGCAAUUAAAAUACUGUGGUCCUAAUGAAAUAGAUCAUUACUUUUGUGAUUCUGUUCCACUUAAAGAACUUUCUUGCAGUGACACAUAUUUGGUGGAACAUACAAAUUUAAUCUUACUAUUUAUUUACACUAUGCCUCCAUUUCUAAUAACCUUGGCAUCCUAUAUAUAUAUUAUAAUAGCCAUUCUAAGAAUUCCGUCCCGUACUGGAAGGAAAAAGGCCUUCUCUACUUGUUCUUCCCAUCUCACUGUUGUUUCCAUAUAUUAUGGCUCAUUAAUAACAGUGUAUCUUUUGCCACCAUCCACUUCAAUGAACAAAGUUUGUUCCCUUUUGUACACAAUUCUUCCACCGUUUGUUAACCCCCUUAUAUAUAGCCUGAGAAACAAAGAUGUAAAGAAAGCUUUGAGAAGAGUAAAAAAUAAAGUAGCAAUUUUCAAUCUAAUCCAAAAUAUGUUGAGAGGCUUGGUUAAUGUUGAAAACAAAUGA